AGUAGCAGCAACUGUUUUAAAGACUGGAGCUGGUCGGCAGUCUGCCGCAUACAUAAGUUUUCACUUCACGCAAAUAAGUUAACGUAGGUGACGUAAAAGAGUGUAAGUGAAACGAAUCGGUAUUUGAUAGGAUUUUGGUGUUAGGUAUACUUUAGCUGCGUGUUAUACUUUUAGUUUGUUCGACGUUAAACAACUUUGACGAGCCGAGCCCAAGGGCUCAGGCUGGUUGUAGAUGGAUCACUCGACUACUCGGGUUACGGCGAGUGAGCUCAUUUUGGCCUUCCUUCAAGAGGGCCAUGAAAGCGCAAGCUACAUGAAGGAGCUUCACUCGCUGGGCGAACAGUUCAAGUUUUCUUGGGACAUCAAUAGCAAUGGGCACGACGCACAUAACCUGGAUAAUGGAGAGCUUGAAACUGAUGGUUAUCAUCCAAGCAACAUCGGAGUCUUUAUGCAGGAUCUUCACCCCAUAGUGGAUCUACAGAUCCGGGGAAAUCAUGAACAGGCUGCAGCUGUUCUUGAGGUUGCACGAGCGUUGGGAGAAAUCGCUGCCCAGUUUGAAGACAGAAUUGUGACUGAAGCUACCAGGAACCUGAGCAAUAACAUAUCAACCUCCCCUCUUCAAAAAUGGAAGGACUACCUUGCCUUUGAGGUAGAGAGGGUGAUGAUGCGUGGGGUAGGUCCUGACCUACCCCGGGAGAGAGUCAUCAUAGCCCUUGCACUCACGCUGGUGAAGAGGGUGUGCGUGCAGACCCCACAGAGGUUGAGAAACCUUUUCCACACCGCCCUGCAGUACAUCAACACUGCAUGGGCUUUGUGACUGAAGAAAAGCUGUCUCUAAGGAAAUGACAGUUACAUCUGAAACUGCAGUUUGCGUCUCAUGAUUAGCCAACUGUGAGUUUGCUACCACUGGCACGUCAACAAACACUUCUGAAGAACAAAAUGAAAGCGUUAAACAUGAUACUUGAAUUUCAUUAUUCCUUUUGUUUACUAUUGCUUAAGUGUUAUUUUUCUUUAAUACUUAAAUGUUUACUUUAUGUUGCUUAUAUAAGUAGCAUGAUUAAAGUUU